AUGGGUGCUGCCAUGCGACGGGCUGGCAUCGAGCCGCCCGAGGUUGACAUGGUGAUGGUCGGGCAAGCACUGACGGCUGGCUGUGGGCAGAAUACUGCGCGCCAGUCGUCGUUAUUGGCUGACAUUCCAGCUCGUGUUGAUUGCACUGGCAUCAACAAAGCAUGUGCUUCAGGUUUGAAAGCUGUCGUUUUAGGUGCCCAGGCCAUUGCAAUGGGGCAGGCUGAUGUGGCUGUGGUUGGUGGGACCGAAAAUAUGUCCCGAGCCCCGUACAUAGUUCGUCAUGCACGACAGGGCGGGUAUCAUUACGGUCACGGUGUGCUGGAGGAUGUCGCUUUGCUGGAUGGUUUGUGGGAUGUCACCAACGAUUGUCAUCUGGGCACUUGCGCGGAACACACCAUUCGCGAGCUGGAUAUCUCACGCGAGGAUCAGGACAGAUACACCAUUUCGUCCUACCGCCGCGCUGCCGAUGCAUGGCAGCGUGGUGCUAUGGAUGGCGAGGUGGUCCCUGUCAGGGUGAGGAACCCUUCGGCCAAACAAGGCAUGGACAAACGCUCUUUGAUCGUCAGUGUCGAUGAGGAGUAUUCCCGACUGAAGCUGGACACGGUUGGCUCGUUGCCUCCUGUUUUUGAGGAUGGUGGCACAAUCACAGCAGCCAGUGCCUCAUCGCUCAACGACGGUGCUGCCGCUCUGGUGUUAAUAAGCGCUGAACGCGCUCGGGAUCUCGAGGUGUCGCCGCUGGCUAGGAUUGUUUCCUUCGCAGAUAGUGCCCUGGAGCCACUGCACUUUGCUAAAGCGCCAAGUGCUGCAAUUCGGGCGGCAAUGAAAGCUGCGCGAAUGUCCUCCAUCAACUUCUACGAGAUCCACGAGAUGUUCGCUGCAGUAGCGCUAGCCAACAUGCGCCUGUUGGAGUUGGACCACUCGCGGGUGAACAUCAACGGUGGCGGAGUGUCACUUGGCCACCCCUUGGGGGCAUCCGGGGCUCGCAUUCUAUGCACUCUCCUGAGCGUGCUUUCGCAGCAGGACGCCGAGACAGGAUGCGCAGCCAUUGCAAACGGUGGCGGGGGCGCAACUGCGCUGGUGGUAGAGCGCUUGCGAUAA